UCUUUGAGAAGUGAUGUUUCUCCCAGCCACAGAAUUUAUGGGCCGGCAGGGAGCAGACUCAACCGAUGCCAGCAAAGAGUCCUUCCUUUCCCUAAUCCCUCGCUGCUUAUUUUAGCCGCGUCUCCACCCCGCCGGGAAUGCCAUCCAGAUCUUGGUCCAGGUAGAUCUGACGUCAAGAGAUGGCUUUCGUCGAUUUGACGUGUAAACACUCAUUUCCAUUCUGCCUGGGAAGGGCUGGGGCUCCACUCAGCCGGGAGACCGAAGCGCUUCAGUGAGCGCUCGCCGCCGCCGCCCAGCCUCGCCUCGCGCGCCUGCCAGCUCUUCGCAGAGCAGCCCGGAGCUAGGAGUGGUCCAGAGCCCGAGGGUGGGAAGGGCGAGUCUGUCUGGCUUUUUCCCUCUCCGGCUUCUUUUCCCUCCUCCUUCCCACUUGUGUGCGGACGAGUGUGUGAGCCAUGGAACGAGGAGCCUGGACUCUGCAGCGUGCCGCUCUCGCCCUCCUUUGCGCUUGGUGUGCACUGAACAGCGCAAAAGCCAAGAGGCAGUUUGUCAAUGAAUGGGCGGCGGAGAUCCCCGGGGGCCCGGAGGCAGCCUCGGCCAUCGCUGAGGAGCUGGGCUAUGACCUUUUGGGUCAGAUUGGAUCACUUGAAAAUCACUACUUAUUCAAACAUAAAAACCAUCCCCGAAGGUCUAGAAGAAGUGCCCUCCACAUUACGAAGAGAUUAUCUGAUGAUGACCGUGUGAUCUGGGCUGAACAACAAUAUGAGAAAGAGAGAAGCAAACGUUCUGCUCUAGGAGACUCUGCAUUGAACCUCUUCAAUGAUCCCAUGUGGAACCAGCAGUGGUACUUGCAAGACACUAGGAUGACUGCAGCCCUGCCCAAGCUGGAUCUUCAUGUGAUACCUGUUUGGCAAAAAGGCAUCACGGGUAAAGGAGUUGUUAUCACUGUACUGGAUGAUGGCCUGGAGUGGAACCACACAGACAUUUAUGCCAAUUACGAUCCAGAGGCUAGCUAUGAUUUUAACGAUAAUGACCACGAUCCAUUUCCCCGAUAUGAUCCCACAAAUGAGAACAAACAUGGGACCAGGUGUGCAGGAGAGAUUGCCAUGCAAGCCAACAAUCACAAGUGUGGAGUGGGAGUUGCAUACAACUCCAGGGUCGGAGGCAUAAGAAUGCUGGAUGGCAUUGUGACUGAUGCCAUUGAGGCCAGUUCCAUUGGAUUCAACCCUGGACACGUGGACAUUUACAGUGCAAGCUGGGGCCCUAAUGAUGAUGGGAAAACCGUGGAGGGGCCUGGCCGACUAGCCCAGAAAGCUUUUGAAUAUGGUGUCAAACAGGGGAGACAAGGGAAGGGCUCCAUCUUCGUCUGGGCCUCGGGGAACGGCGGCCGGCAGGGGGACAACUGUGACUGUGAUGGCUACACUGACAGCAUCUACACCAUCUCCAUCAGCAGUGCCUCCCAGCAAGGCCUGUCCCCCUGGUACGCCGAGAAGUGCUCCUCCACGCUGGCCACCUCGUACAGCAGUGGGGACUACACCGACCAGCGAAUCACCAGCGCGGACCUGCACAAUGACUGCACUGAGACCCACACGGGCACCUCGGCCUCUGCACCCCUGGCUGCUGGCAUCUUCGCUCUGGCCCUGGAAGCAAACCCAAAUCUCACCUGGCGAGACAUGCAGCACCUGGUUGUCUGGACCUCUGAGUAUGACCCAUUAGCCAAUAAUCCGGGCUGGAAAAAGAAUGGGGCAGGCCUGAUGGUGAACAGUCGAUUUGGAUUCGGCUUGCUGAAUGCCAAAGCUCUGGUGGAUCUGGCCGACCCCAGGACCUGGAGGAGCGUGCCAGAGAAGAAGGAGUGUGUGGUAAAGGACAACGACUUUGAGCCCAGAGCCCUGAAAGCUAACGGAGAAGUUAUCAUUGAAAUCCCAACGAGAGCUUGUGAAGGCCAAGAGAACGCCAUCGAGUCCCUGGAGCACGUGCAGUUUGAAGCAACAAUUGAAUAUUCCCGCAGGGGGGACCUGCACGUCACACUGACUUCUGCUGCUGGAACCAGCACGGUACUGCUGGCUGAGCGAGAGCGGGAUACAUCUCCUAAUGGCUUUAAGAACUGGGACUUCAUGUCUGUUCACACCUGGGGAGAGAACCCCACAGGCACGUGGACUCUGCGAAUUGCAGACAUGUCCGGGAGGAUGCAGAAUGAAGGACGAAUUGUGAACUGGAAGCUGAUUCUGCACGGGACCUCUUCCCAGCCUGAGCACAUGAAACAGCCCCGUGUCUACACGUCCUACAACACGGUCCAGAACGACAGGAGAGGGGUGGAGAGGAUGGCGGAUGCUCGCGAGGAGCAGCCCACCCAGGAGAACCCUAAGGCCAAGUCCCUGGUGUCCAACAGCCCCAGCAACAUCAGUGUGGGAGGCAGAAAGAAUGAAGUGGCCGAGGGAGCCCCUUCCCAGGCCAUGUUGCGACUCCUACAGAGCGCUUUCAGCAAAAACUUGCCUCCAAAGCCAUCGCCAAAGAAAUCCCCAAGUGCAAAGCUUGACAUUCCUUACGAGAAUUUCUACGAAGCCCUGGAGAAGCUGAACAAGCCUUCCCAGCUGCAAGACUCUGAGGACAGUCUCUAUAACGACUAUGUUGAUGUGUUCUACAACACAAAACCUUACAAGCACAGAGAUGACCGGCUGCUGCAGGCCCUGGUGGACAUUCUGAACGAGGACAAUUGACUUCAGUGUGUGGCCCCCAGGUGGAAAUAUUCACACACCUUCCUUCUCCUUCUAUUUUGCCAGUGUCUAAAGUGAUUGUUUUGUCAUUGAUUCCUAUGCUUACAGCAUUUCUUAUCUUUUUCUCCCCAAAACUAUAUGUGUGAAGGGGAUAAGCUCAAAUAGGAAAUCCAACCUCCAGAAUCGAUCAUAGCUCUUUCAGAACAUGUCUUCCCUGCCUGCACAAGGGAUGUGCUUUCUUCUCUAUGGGCCACAGAUGACACAGGGUCCUCACUGCACAUGGGAAUGCCUCCAUGAGCCCAUUUCAUUUCUCCAAAGAAAAGGCAAGUCUGGGCUUUUUAAUUGGUUGCAAAUAAUUAAUUUGUGAAAGUCAUCUGCAAAGAAUGGGUGAGGGGGAAACCUGCUGUGUAGCUUGUUCCCUGUCUUUCCCUGUGGGUCUUUGAAUUUGGAAAGCUUCUAGUGAAUGAGUUCACAGUUAGACUCACCCCAGGCCUUUCAAUUCCCAAACACUACAUAUUCUGGGAGUGGCAAUCUGGGCAUCUAGGGUGAAAGCUGGGCUAUUUAAAUCUAGAAACAAACCUUAAAACCUGCAUUAUCAGGAUACAGUGGUUCUCGAAUGUUCUUUGCUUGGUGUGCCACAUGGAGGCCCCUGCUGUGUGCUCUGGGCUUCCUCUAUUUCUCCGUCUCCUGCAGGUUUUCUGUACCUAGCUCCUUUGUCAGCCACAAAUUCAAUAUUGAGAGGACUCUUCUAAAUCACUCUCCCCCAAACAAACUUACACUUGGGACUUGGCAAAUUCCUAGCCAUAAAUUUUUACAGCCAGAAUAAACCACUGGUAACCUGGAAAAUCAGUGUACUCACAAUUCUUCCACCACCAAUGAGAGUUUUGAUUUUUUCUGAGUUGCGGUCAUCAGAACAGGUUGUUCUGGGUCUUUGAUAUGCAGAUGCUCACCGAACCACUUCCAGGCGUCAGAUCCCAAGACAUAAAGUAGCAGCCCAAAGACCUCAUUUCCCCCUCAGGUAGACUGUGUUUAGUGUAUUGAAUGUUUGAAUAUGUGACUAUUGAAAAUAUGAAAUUUUACAUAAAACCUGGUUCUCAGAUCCAGCAGUUGGCUGGAGCUGCAUAGCUGCUGGUUAGACUUGAGUUUCAUGUCCCCCAGGGUACCCUGCUCUGUGCUACUCACAGUAUCUUACCCAUUGCUGGCCAGUGUCCAGUAGGCAUUGGAUUUUGCCCACUUCUGCAUUAAACAAAUGCAUACAAAGUGUAAAUGCAUUAGGAUAAAACCACGCUGGGCUUCUUUUAGGCUGGCUCUGUCAAUAAUAGUUAUGAGUUUGUUAUAACCUAGUUAAUUUAGUUGUAUUUAUAGGCAGGAGAAAGAGUAUUUCAGACUCUGAAAGUACAUCUGCAAUCUAGUUUGAUGUAUUCAUCUCAUCUCACCUCACCUGACACUCACUUGCACUAAGUGUUAACGGCCAACCUCCUGGCUUCCCUCUCCCAAUGUGCUCACGAGUCUCCAGUGGUCUACAGCACUGGCCUUCUCCCACUGAGUUGCCGUUUGCAAUUCUUCCACCACCUUUGAACUUCUUAAGGCCACUGGUGGCAUAGAAUUAGUUCACGGAGAGAACUCCAGACUCAACUUUAGAGUCUGUUGCUCCCUCUGGCUUGAAGUAUUUCUGGUAAGACAAAUUUCCACCCCGUCUUGUACCAUUUCUACAAUUUGUGCAGAACUAGGCUUUCCAGAGCAAAACCCGUGACACUGAAAGGAUUUUCUGCUAAAAGACUUGCAGCAUCACUUUGUCCUUGGAGAUGUUAUGUGUUUGAUAUGAAGAGCUGGUUAGAAAUUUGACUAUUGCAACACAUCAAAGAGUAUUAAAACUGAAAAGAAAUAGAGUCAUUAACUUUCCUUUAAGAAAUUAAAACUAAGGCCCACAAAGGCCAACAAGUGAUCUGGAAGAGUUGGAAUUAAAACUCAUCCUUUUCCCAUUCCUAAUAUAGUGCUAAAUGUGUGAUGCUCUCUUUAUUGUUCUUCCUAAUGGCAUCUUUUCCCAGUUAAAAUCCCAACCAUCUCAUUGGGUUGCAGCCAAAGGUUCACACUUUGAGAAGCUUUAAUAUUCCAAUAAAAUCAUGGUUGAAUGUUUCCAGCCUGGUGUAUAUUGUCCAGACAUAAGAUAUUUUUGUCAGUCUUUCUUAGUGCCUGUGUGGAUUUUUGUGAAAAUGUAAAAGGAAACUUAUUUAAUAUUUCCCUUGGAAUUUUAAACUAUAUUUUCUUUACAGGUAUUUAUAAUGUACCAAGGCUUUUGUCAAACAGAAUUUUAAAAGGCAUAAUAAAUUAUAUAAUGGAACCAAAAGUUUUCCUGAGAAUAAGAAAGUUUCAUCCAAUAAAAUAUUUUUGAAAGGCAUGUUCCUCUGUCAAUAAGAAAGUGUAAUAUGUAUGUGUUGUGGUAUUAAAAGUGACAUUUGUCUAGUAGCCUAAUACAAUGUAUAGCUGAGUUUAACAUGUGGUCUUAGCAUUCUUACAGGAACCCCCACAUUAUACACUUGAUGUAUUAACCAGAAUAUGUAAAAUAUGCUUAUAAAUCAGAAGAAUAAAUGAUCUCACUAAGUCAAAAAAGAAAAAAAA